GCGCGGCCUCUGCCCGUCCCCAAGAUGGCGGCGGUGCCCGGGCGCUGACGCCGCCGGUCACUUCCGGCCGGGGGACGGCCAUGGGCCGGGGGGGCCGAGCCGGGUCUGACCGGCGGUCAGCGGGAGUCCGUCCCGCCGGGGUGAGAUCCUGGAACUGAAAAGUGAUACCUGGAAGCAUCACAGACCUGGAAUGACUGGGGAGAAGCUGCUUUGGUUGGCCAUCCCUGAUCUGGCGUGUCCAUUAAAAGGUGCCAGCACUUGCASUCUGCUUGGUCAAGGCUGGAGGGCUGGGCCUGGAUCUGCUCUGCACCUUUGAGGGAGAUCUGGACCUCUCCUGCCUGAGCCCAAGGAGCCAUGGAGGACAAACGCAACAUCCCCAUCAUCGAGUGGGAGCACCUGGACAAAAGGAAAUUCUACGUGUUUGGGAUUUGCAUGACUAUGAUGAUCCGGGUGAGCGUUUACCCCUUCACGCUCAUCCGGACGCGGCUGCAGGUUCAGAAAGGCAAGAGCCUGUACAACGGGACUUUCGAUGCCUUUGUGAAAAUCCUGCGGACAGAAGGGGCAGCUGGGCUCUACCGUGGCUUUUUGGUCAACACCUUCACCCUCAUCUCGGGACAGUGCUACGUSACCACAUACGAGCUCACUCGGAAGUACGUGUCACGGUACAACAACAACAACGCUGUGAAAUCUCUGGUGGCCGGCGGCUCGGCUUCUCUGGUGGCCCAGAGUAUCACGGUGCCCAUCGAUGUCAUCUCCCAGCAUCUCAUGAUGCAGAGGAAGGGGGAAAGCAUGGGCAGGUUCAAGGUGCAGAGCCAGGACGGCAAGAGGCUGCUGGUCUUUGGCCAAACCAAGGACAUCAUUGUGCAGAUUUUCAAGGCUGACGGUUUUAGAGGCUUCUACAGGGGCUACGUGGCCUCGCUGCUCACCUAUAUUCCCAACAGUGCAGUCUGGUGGCCCUUCUACCACUUCUAUGCUGAACAGCUUUCGAGUUUGACUCCUAAAGACUGUCCCCACCUCCUUCUGCAAGCAAUAUCUGGGCCACUUGCAGCUGCAACAGCUUCCACACUCACCAACCCCAUGGAUGUGGUGAGGGCUCGGGUCCAGGUGGAAGGCAAGAGCUCCAUCAUCCUCACCUUCAAACAGCUCAUUGCAGAGGAAGGUCCAUGGGGGCUGACUAAAGGCCUCUCUGCCCGCAUCAUUUCAGCAACUCCUUCCACCAUUGUCAUCGUGGUGGGGUACGAAACGCUGAAGAAGCUGAGCCUGCGCCCAGAGCUGGUGGACUCGAGGCACUGGUAGMGGCAGCUGGUGGAAAAAAACCUUCCUGUGAACCCUCUGAAUCUGGACUGUUGCCUUGGAGAGCCCAGGAGGUGACACAGCUGCUGUGCCUUUGUCUCUGGCUGGUUUUGCAGCACAAGGCAGAUGCAAAAGCAACUGCACUUCACCUCUUUAGAUUUGAGUGUCAUACAAAGCUCUGCUGCUGGUUUUGCUUCAGUCGUGACCUUCGGCAGUGCUGUUUGUCUGGGACAGUCCAUUCCAGGUGUGUGAACGCAUCCUGGCAAAUUAUUAAUUCCUUUUUUUUUUUAAUUAAAGACUCACUGGCUUAAUCAAAAAGCCAGAUUAUUCUCUUUAAAUUAUUUUCAUCUUUGCCAAACUUCCAAGGAGAGGAUUCUCACGGCCUGCAGCAGGACCCUCUGGUGGGAUGUCUCUAGUGGCAAGUUGGGCUGUGGGAAGCUGGAAGCAGAAAAUAGACAAGUGAAUUUCUCCAAUGACGUGAAUUUAUUUCUAGAAGAUGUGAGACAAGAGUAACCUGGAACCACUUCAGACCUGAUUUCCUGCACUUUGAAUAGAUCUACAUACUUGUUUUGUAUGUUCUUGGAAAAUGUUCCCUGUCUCUCAUCCUUCAAACAGCAGGCUGGCUGACAGCAAGUCAAGAGCUGAGCUGGCUGUUUGGAAUUAGCUGAUGGCGGUUUUGACACCUAACCUGUGUUUUUAAUCUGUUGUAAUUUAAUUUCUUUUUUAUUUUAGGGAAGCUGCUUCUGAUUUCUGGGGAACUGAA